AUGGGUGUAUUACCAAAUGGACAAGAAAUAGCAGUGAAAAAGCUUUCAAAAACAUUUACACAAGGGUUUGAGGAGUUUCAGAAUGAGGUUAUACUUACUGCAAAACUGCAACAUGUAAAUCUUGUGCGACCUUUGGGAUAUUGCAUUGAGAGGGAUGAAAAAAUGCUGAUCUACGAGUACAUGCCAAACAAAAGCUUGGACUUCUACCUCUUUGAUGACGAGAUGAAACCCAAGAUCUCAGACUCUGGUAUGGCUAGAAUUUUCAGGAAAAAUGAUCGUGAAGCAAACACAGAUCGGGUUGUUGGAACAUACAGUUAUAUUCCUUCGGAGUAUGUUAGAAAAGGUAUGUACUUCAUCAAAUCUGAUGUUUAUAGCUUUGGAGUUCUACUUCUACAAAUGAUUAGUGGCAAGAAGACUACUUGUUAUUAUGGUUUGGAUGAGAGUCUAAACAUCCUAGAAUAUGAAAACGCUAAUGACAGGCCAUCUAUGUUAGAAGUUUCAUUAAUGCUAAAAAAUGAAACUGCUACUCUAACAAUUCCAAAAAAGCCAGCUUUUUCAAGGAAAACAGAUGAAGAGGAGGAAACUAAAUCCACAUUCCAGAUUCCACAGCGGGCACACUAA